AUGCUGUGAGUGAUGGUCGAAAGAUACGUUGGCGGUUCGAAAGGGCAGCGACGUCGAUCGAAGGUCAUAUUCACGGUCCAGCGCUUCGAGCCUCAUUUUGCGAUGGACGCUGACGCACUGCAUGCGCUCGUGCGCAGCUUCCUCGAAGCGAGCCAUCGGCGCAGCAACCAAGGCGACGACGACGUCGACGAUGCGAUCGUGGUCUAUAUCGCGCAAGUUGUCGCCGAUCACGACGUCGAAGCACAGCAAGCGGCCGAGUGCAUUUGUGCGCUGUGCCCAUGCGCCGACUCGGACGAUACGCUUGCAUUGGUCCUCGACGGCCGUGCCAUCACGCGCGCCUUGGCCAGCGAGAGCAACCAGCCCGCCCAUCAUGUGACGAUCGCGCCACGUACUGCGAAAGAAGCCACUGCGGAAAACAACGAGCUCGAGACGCUACAGUGGCUCAAAGAGCUCGCGCCGCAGCUGUCGCUUCGUUCGAUCGAGACCAUCUACCUCCAAGAGUGUCGUGGCGACGCGGGGCGCACGGCCGAGUAUCUCGUGACGCACUACGGGGCCGACGAGACUAAGUACCUAUCGCUCUCGACCUUGCAGGCCACCGAUCUCCGCGACAAGAUCCUCACCAAGUACAGCGACGAAGAGAUCAAGGCGCCCGUGGACCCCAAGGCCAAGCCAACCAAGGUCAAGGUCAAGGCCAAGCCGCCGCCAAAGGAGGGCCUCGUGCGGUACCUUGAAAGCAAGGUCGUGACAACCAAGGGACAAAAGUUCGUCGAAGAGAAGAAGCCGACGUACGACGGCGGAUCGCGCGGCCGCGUCAAGACCAAGGGCAAGCGUGGAAAAGGCUUUGCUGAUGGCUAAGCAUGACAACGCACGAGGCGACUCCAGAGCGUCUCGAGAUACUGCAUGGGGUAUGAUCCGAUAAUAUUUCAAAUAAAAAGGAGCUUAGAUGGCCUUGCCUUCGUCGCCGC